UGUUAAUGCUCGCUGCUGGUUUGUGUGUUUUUCUCUUCUGCCUAUGUUAGAGGAAGUGUGCCUUUCCUGUAAGAGGAGGGUCCGGGAUUAACUCCGCUCAUACCAAAUGCUUAGCUGAUAACUGCUGCUGAAGCCAGACCGGCAGGCCAGCUAACAUACAGUCUGAAGGCUGCCGGAGUUUACAUUGGCAGACUGCAGUGGCGAGCAAGAGGAGGGGUUUGUUUUGUUUCUUUGUGGUGGAGGAGGAGGAGGGAGAAAGAAUGUAACUUCACUAGAACUGGCAGUUUGCUACUGUGAGGCGAAAAGAAUAACGGAGCCAGAGAAAGCGAAAGCGAUCUUGUGUUGAGCUACGUGGACUGAGAGAUGUAUGAGCUUAUUGCAGCAUGUCUAUUGGAGCACAGCACCCAGAGGCUGAGACAGGAUUUGUUCCUAGUGUUCAAGACUUUGACAAGAAACUAGCUGAAGCUGACGCCUACCUACAGAUUCUGAUUGAUCAGUUAAAGCUGUUUGAUGAGAAGAUCAAGGACUGCAAAGAGGAUGAAUCACGCAGAAAAAUUGAAAAUUUGAAGGAGACCACUUGUAGUAUGGUAGAGUCCAUCAAGCACUGUAUUGUACUGCUGCAGAUUGCAAAGGACCAAAGUAACGAACAACAACACGCAAACGGACUUAUAAGCACCAUCAACCCAGUGGAUGGGAUCUACCAGCCCCCUCUGGACACUCCAGCAGUGAACACCACAAUGCCAACACAGACCACACUACCACCAGACGCUUCUCAGGUGUGCAAAUCAGACCAACGACCCUCUACGUUACCUGUUGGUCCCGUCGUCACAGUGAUGGGCAGUCUGCAGACCCCAACUCCCAACAGCACAGGGAGUGGCCCGUCAGGCCCCAGCAGCGGCAUCGCCUCCCCGGCUCACAUCCCCCUCCCCUCACACUCAGUGCCAGACUUCUCCUAUUCCUCCAGUGAGGAUGAGUUCUAUGAUGCUGAUGAGUUUUACCAGAGCAACACUUCCCCCAAACACUGCAUAGAUCCCUCAGGGCCUCCAGCUGCCUCCCCCCUUGCUAAUGAAGAAACGGCUCUGAAACGACCCAACACUACAGAGUCCCUCAACUCGUCGAUGUCCAACGGCACCACAGACACAGACGCGUUUGACUGUCACGAUGACCGUGAUGAUGACGGUGAAGGGGAGUCUGUGGAAGAGCACAAGAGCGUCAUCAUGCAUUUGCUCUCUCAAGUUCGACUGGGCAUGGACCUCACAAAGGUGGUCCUGCCUACCUUCAUCCUAGAGCGAAGAUCUUUGUUAGAAAUGUAUGCAGACUUCUUUGCACACCCCGACUUAUUUGUAAGUAUCGCUGAGCAGCCAGAGCCCAGAGAGCGCAUGGUUCAGGUGGUGAAGUGGUACCUGUCAGCUUUCCAUGCAGGAAGGAAAGGCUCAGUGGCCAAGAAACCUUACAACCCAAUCCUAGGAGAAGUCUUCUACUGCCACUGGGAUCUUCCCAGCGAGACAGAGGAGCCUUCGCCACCUGUGGAGACGAUAUCAGAUGGCCCAGUUCCCUGGUCUUCAUCCAACAGUGUGUCUUUUGUAGCAGAGCAGGUCUCUCACCACCCACCUAUUUCUGCAUUCUACGCAGAGUGCUUAAGUAGGAAGAUCCAGUUCAACGCUCACAUUUGGACUAAAUCUAAGUUUCUCGGCAUGUCCAUAGGCGUCCACAACAUCGGUCAAGGCUGUGUAUCAUGUUUGGAGCACGACGAGCAUUAUAUUCUCACCUUCCCUAAUGGAUAUGGCAGGUCAAUUCUGACUGUGCCGUGGGUGGAGCUUGGUGGCGAGUGCAACAUCUCCUGCUCCAAGUCAGGCUACAGUGCUAACAUCGUGUUCCACACCAAACCCUUCUACGGUGGAAGGAAGCACAGGAUCACUGCAGAGAUUUUUUCACCAAAUGACAAGAAGUCUUUCUGCUCGAUCGAGGGAGAAUGGAAUGGAGUGAUGUAUGCUAAGUCGGCAACUGGAGAGAACACAGUGUUCAUAGACACUAAAAAGAUGGCCAUCAUUAAGAAGAAAGUGAGGAAGCUGGAAGACCAGCUGGAGUACGAGUCCCGAAGACUGUGGAAGGAUGUGACACUGAACCUGAAGAUAAAAGACAUCGACGCAGCAACAGAAGCCAAACACCGGUUGGAGGAGAAACAGAGAGCUGAAGCCAGAGAGAGAAAGGAGAAGGAGCAGCAGUGGGAGACCAGGCUAUUCCACGAGGACGGGGAGUGCUGGGUCUACGAUGAGCCGCUAUUAAAGAGAUUAGUCUCUCAGAGGCACUGAGAAGACUGUGCCACACGCGAAUGCAUCAAGAAAUGCACAGACAACAGAGUCUUCAUAAGAACUCUUUUGCAAAACCCACUUCUAUACAAGCCUUGGAAUGACUGAUUGAAUCUGUACACUGCUUUGCAUUUGACUGUAAAACAAUAUGGAAAUGAAUGAAAAGCAUCAAAGAUGUAACGUGAAUAUUAGUAAAGCUCCUCUCCUUUGGGCAAUCUCACAUCCACCGCCACCAAUACCCGCCACCUGCCAACAUGAGACUCUGCAGCACAGUGGAGACCUCACAUGCCUCCCGUUUGUCCACACCCUUCAACAGCUUCACAGGACAAGCCAGAACAACACUCCUUGCCCUACAUCCAUACUUUUUUUUUUUUGUUUUGUUAUAUUUUUUUUUUUUUUUUUUGGGGCGGGAGGUCUGUUAUCGAUGGUGUUCAGCUCAAGUAAAGCUUGACAAAUAAGACAGCGCUCUACAUCUCAGGGAAUCGGGUGACUGAGGAAAGAAAGCUGGUACCCCCACCCAGAGUCUGACAGCCUUAUAACGGUGGAACGGAUGAAUCUUAAAGGGGCGGGAGAGAAAAUCUCUGCUUGCCUGCAACUAGUUAUAACUGUUUAUAUAUAUAUAGAUAUACAUAUGAUGGAUAUAUAAAUAUAUAUUCUUUUUUUUAAUUUCUAAUGCUCUUAUUGUUUAUUUUUCUUUCUGGCAAUAGUGUAAAAAUAUUUGAGGAUCUGAACCUGUUGGCUUUACAUCUUUAGGAGUCAUUCCAUUUAGCCUUUUAACGUUUUCCCAUUUCAGAGUUAUCUUUGCCACCAAACACGCUGUUCUGUGUCUCAAGUGUUAUCCAGAAACAAAGCCCUGCUUAAGCCAUAGCAUCUGAACACACUGAUUGCGAGGGUUGUGGUUGAUUCCAAAUAUGCAAUACAGAUAGAAAUAAUUAAGUUUGCCUGUCAAAGGACAAUUUUUGAUGUCCAUUUAUGCCAAAAAGGUGUAGAGAAAAGGCUAAAGGGACUUUUGUCUGGGCAGAGACCAAUCAGUCCUCUGACAAGGUUUCCAUGUAACCUGAAGGCAUUUCUGAACAAAUGAUUGUUUACAUACUUUUGUCUUUAUGGACAGCAGUUCCGUGAAGAGGACGUAAGGAUCGGACUGAGUCUGUAAAGUCUCCCCUUUUUUGUUGUGCACAUCAGAUGUCCUUGUUUCCUCUUUGAUGUCAGAGUGGAUCGCCUCGCCGUUCGCUCACGUUGUCGUCAGAGGGUGAAGAGAGUGAAAACGUGAGACCAGAGUGGACCUUUAAAAACACUGCUGCACUCUCAAAGUGCUGCUACAGUCCAAACUGUGUACUGCUGGUUGAAUCUUCUUGUAUUAAUUUUUUUUUUUUUUUUUUCUGUCUGUUUUUCAAGAUUCAGAGCCACAUAGAGGGCAAUAUUUAUCCUGUUGUAUACCCCAGUUUUAUUGAACCAUUGUUCUUUCUCUUAUUUACAGCUGCAUAGGUUGGAUCAAAAUGCGAUGAUAGUUGGAUGAGAUGAAGAAAUAAAAAUAUAAUUAUCUAAACCUGAAAGUGCUGUAACAAGCUCACAACUGUCUCCCUUGUUGUUAUCCCUCUUUUUGUCUUUGCGUGAUUUGAUUAUUGUGUCUCCUAAACAUUUGGCCAUUAUGUGAAGUAAAACCUUUUGAGUCAUUUAUUCAGUUAAUCUGGUGAAGGGAUCUGCAGAGAUGCACGUACGGUUGGUGCGGUAACCAAAUUCAGUGACAUACAGUUCCAGUCAAACGUUUGGACACACCUAUUCAUAUGAAUGGGUCAGUGUGUCCAAACGUUUGACUGGUGCUGUACUUGUUGAAUCCUUUCUCUCUUGAUAAAAGCAGACAAAAGGCUUUAGAAAAUAAUCAAAAUGAACGCUUCUAAGUAAAGUUGAAGAAAUUUCUUUGUAUUUUUUUUUUCCCAUGUUUUGUGUUUGUAAAUUCUGUUGAAUAGAGGCCUUGCCAUUCAUUUCAGUUUCGCUCAGUAUUGCCUGAUAGGAGAGCAAUCAAAACAAAUGUAUUUUAUAUUUCCUUCUCAUCAUAACCAUUGAUUGUAUCCAAUUCUCCUGUUUAUUGAUGCAUAAUAUUAAAUCUCCAUGAGUUUA